UAUGAAUUGUUUCACUAUAAAAACAACUAAUUAAUUGGCUUUGUUUCAUAAACACCCAUAUCAUCAAACUAAUUAUUAAAGAGAAAAUCAUCACCAUGAGCAAAACAAGUAGUGAUGAAGUGGUAAUUUUGGAUUGUUGGGCAAGCCCAUUUUGUGUAAGAGUGAAAAUAGCUUUGAAUGAGAAAGGUAUUGAAUAUGAAGCAAGAGAAGAGAAUUUGUUUGGAGGAAAGAGUGAAUUGUUGCUUAAUUCAAACCCAAUUUACCAAAAAGUCCCUGUCCUAUUGCACAAUGGCAAACCUUUGUCUGAGUCAACCAUUAUUGUUGACUAUAUUGAUCACACUUGGAAUUCUACUUCUCCAUUGCUCCCAUCUUCACCAUAUGAUGUAGCUCAAGCUAGGUUUUGGGCUGACUUCAUUGACAAAAAGGUAUUUGAAGCGGGGAGGAAAAUAUGGACCGGCCAAACUGAUGAAGUCGUAGAAGUGGCUAAGAAGGACUUCAUAGAAAUUCUAAAACAACUUGAAGAAUUAGCCCUAGCUGAUAAAGCCUUCUUCGGGGGAGAGUCGUUCGGGUACGUUGACAUCUUGGCCGUAGCCCUAACAAGCUGGUUCUACACUUUUGAGCAAUUCGGAGGAUUUAAGGUGGAGGAUCACUGCCCUAAACUCUCAGCUUGGAUCAACAGAUGUUACCAAAGAGACACUGUUUCAAAAGUUAGUCCUGACCCAAUAAAGAUCUAUGAGUUUGUUGCCAUGUUGAGGAAAAAGAUGCUAGGAAUUGAAUAAUUUAUAUAUAUAUAUAUAUAUAUUUAUAUAUUUAUAUAUUCUCAGCAUUUAUUAU